UGUCUUUCUUUAUUUUUGUAAUUGUUCGUGUUUAACAGAUUGUGCAUGGGUUCAGAGUUCAGAUAACCUGAUCGUUCUAUAGUCUGUGACCUUUUACCAAAUAUGAUGUUUUUUUUUCAUCUGUUAGUUUUGUCUCACCGUCAAAUCGAAACUGAAAACUGAAACCGUUUUCCAACCCAGUAUUUUAUUUUGGAUAUUUUUUUAUAUAAUUUUAAUUUGACCACAUUUUAUUGCAUUUAAUGCAAAAAUCAAGAACUAAGUGAACAAAAUGGCGAAUAAUGAUAACAUCUUAGACAUAAAUAACUUACACUUGGAGGGUGACUUUGAUUCACAAGUUCAAGGACUUAUGAAGUACAUUAGAUUGACUAGAUCUGAGGUGGAACAAUUGCAAAUAUUAAUAGAUGACUUGCAGUGGACACUAGGGAAAGCUUGGCCUGGUUGUGCAGUCCAUGCAUUUGGAUCUAUUGUUACGGGGCUAGGAAUAAAAUGUAGUGACCUGGACUGCUACAUCAGCGUGCCACCCUGGCUGUGGUCUCCGGCUAAUGUCUUUGUUUAUAAAGCCAGAGCAAUCCUCAAAAAACAACCGCAUAUUUUCAAGGAGCCUUUUGCUAUUGGUGAAGCUAAGAUUCCAAUUGUAAAAUUUUACCACAUCCCCACUCACCGGCAGUGCGACAUUAGCUUUACGUCCUCGCAAUCCAUAGAAAAUAGCAAAUUAUUAGCUUACUUUAUGGAGGUGGAUAACAGAGUUAAGUCACUCGCUAUUCUAAUCAAAUACUGGGCUAAAGUACAUGGGCUCACAGGCACCAAUUUGAUACCCAACUAUGCUAUGAUUUUACUGGUAGUGUUUUAUUUACAACAAAAAGACAUUUUACCACCUGUGCACAGGCUACAAAGCAAUGAAUGUAUUGUUGACAACUGGAAUGUGGCCUUUGACGAUGUAAUGCAUGUUAGUGGCAACACUGAAACCCUUUAUGAGCUGCUUGGUGGAUUUUUUUUGUACUACAGGGGUUUCAACUAUGAUAAGUUUAUUAUUAGUCCGUUUUUGGGGCAACCAAUAAGUAGAGAAUCCUUUUCCAUAGUGGGAAAUGAGCCAUCAGAGUAUAGAUUAUAUGGAGAAAAUUUACAAAACGAAAGAUGCUUGCCCUUGAGAAUGGAUAGCAUAAUUUGUUUACAGGAUCCUUUUGACCACAGCAGAAAUUGUACUGUAGCGGUCCAUCCUAAGUUAGUUAAAAAAGUGAUGUCAUACAUAAGGCUCUGCGCGACGGCGUAUGAAAUGGAAAAGAGUGAUGCCUUUCUCUGGGCCAUUUUGUCUAUGAGAAUUGAAGAAAGUCCCGUUACUAGAAAAGUAGUACCUCGAAAUAUUGUCAAAAACAAAACCCCUAGUAAAAAACAAAAAAAAAUCCUUCACGAAGCCUUUAUGCGUGCUCGACAAAAAGGUAGAAAAAAAGUUCGAUCAUAGAUAUUUUUUAAUUUUGUCAACAAUCUAAGUUGUGUGAUCAAAGCUGAUGCAAGUCUGCUUAUUUAAUUAUUUUUGAUAUCACAUCUGUCCUAUAUUUUCUGAUUAAAAUGUGCGUGAUCUUUAUACGUAUUUUAAGCGUGGGCAAAUAAGAAUUGUGAAUUGUAACGUGUGGUAUCAUAAAAAUACGUUACAGUAGAAGACGAAGAUUGACUCAACUCUUUGAUUAAUUGAUUCAUUUUUUUCAGUACCUUUAACUAAGCACAUAUUAAUUCAGGUUUUAACGCUCAUCUGAGGACUAGUUCCUUCUGUUCUUAGACCUUAAUGUGAAACCGUAAAGUAUAUAUGUUACAUAAGACUAGAAAUAAGUUUAAUGUCUUGCUAAGACUACAAUUUGUCAUGUAUAAUAAUUAAAU